AUGCAUAAACCAGCACGGCUGAAUCCAAAGUCGUGGACAUCGACUCUCAAACUUCCCAAGUCGACAUUUCCUCCGCGCGUGUCGCCGGCCGACCAGGCGAAGUACCUCAAACGAUGCACCGACGAUCUCUACGCCUGGCAACGUUGCAAACGACCAGCCGAUAAAGCCUUCGUUCUCCAUGAUGGGCCUCCCUACGCAAAUGGUGACCUGCACAUCGGUCAUGCGCUGAACAAGAUUCUCAAGGAUAUCAUCAACCGAGUACAAUUGGGUCGCGGUAAACGGGUGCGUUACGUGCCUGGAUGGGAUUGCCAUGGCCUGCCGAUCGAGCUCAAGGCGCUUCAAGGCUUGCGCGAAGCGGGUUCGUCAGUUGAAUCAGCGAGCCCUGCGGUGAUUCGCAAAUCUGCGCGUCAGCUAGCUCGACAGACUGUCAAGGCGCAGAUGAAAGGUUUCAAGGGCUUUGGGGUUAUGGCGGACUGGGAGAACCACUGGAAAACAAUGGACAAAUCGUUCGAGAUGCGCCAAUUGGGAAUUUUUCGAGAGAUGGUGGAUCAUGGCCUCAUCUAUCGCAAGUUCAAGCCUGUCUACUGGUCCCCUUCAACUGGUACCGCCUUGGCCGAGGCGGAGCUGGAAUACCAGGAGGACCAUGUCUCUACUGCAGCUCUGGUGAAAUUUCCACUGGUCAGGCUGCCACCACGCCUUUCUGCAAUUCAAGGACUUCACCCGAAGAGCGUCAAUGCUGUGAUCUGGACUACGACUCCCUGGACCCUGCCUGCCAACGCGGCCAUUGCCGUUCACCCGGAGAUGGACUAUGUCAUCGUGCACUCAGAAAAGCAUGGCCAUCUACUUGUCGCCCAAUCCAGAGUCCAAUAUCUCCAGAAUAUGCUCAAAGAGGAGAUUCAAGUUGUUGAACCGUCAAUUCUGGGGUCUGAUCUGGCCGACCACACGACGUACCGGCAUAUCAUCAAGGAUGACAACUCCACUCCGCAGCCGAUCAUCAGCGCAGACUUUGUUACAGCCGAUUCUGGCUCCGGUGUGGUCCACUGUGCACCCGGCCAUGGUAUGGAUGACUACGAAGCCUGCUUGGCUCGAGGUAUUCCAGUGUUUGCGCCUGUCAACGACGAAGGUCGGUUCACAGAUAAGGCGAUGCCUCAGAACCCCGCAUACUUGACUGGAAAACUUGUCCUAGGUGAGGGUAAUGACCUUGUUCUGGAAUACCUCCAGUCCCACGGUUAUCUUCUCGCUCAACACAAGUAUGAGCACAAGUAUCCCUAUGACUGGCGAUCCAAGCAGCCGAUCAUCAUCCGUGCGACCGAACAAUGGUUUGCCGAUGUAGCUGAUAUUCGCGGUAGCGCUCUCAAGGCCCUGGAGGAUGUCCACUUUGUGCCCGAAGCUGGGAAGCACCGUCUGAACAACUUUGUGAAGAACCGCAGUGAGUGGUGUAUCUCUCGCCAGCGAGCAUGGGGUGUUCCCAUUCCUGCUAUCUAUCACCGGUCCAGUGGUGAAGCGGUCUUGACCAAGGAGAGUGUGUCUCAUAUUAUGCAGACUAUUGAGGAGCGUGGCGUUGAUGCCUGGUGGACUGAUGAUGCGGAUGACAGUGCAUGGAUUCAUCCCAGUUUGCGGGAUGCUCCUGCUGGUUAUCGACGCGGCAUGGACACCAUGGAUGUCUGGUUCGACAGUGGUACCAGUUGGGCAGAGAUUGAUGGUCCUCUCGACGGCCGAAGUCACCCUGCCGAUGUCUACUUAGAAGGAUCCGAUCAACAUCGGGGUUGGUUCCAGUCUGGGUUGCUCACAUACGUUUCGCAUCAAAUUGCGUCGAAUCAGCCGGUAGCUCCUCGCGCGCCUUUCAAGAAUCUGAUCACUCAUGGAUUUACGCUCGAUGAGCAUGGACGGAAGAUGAGUAAGUCUAUCGGUAAUACGAUUGCUCCUCAAACCAUCAUGGACGGCACUCUUCUACCGCCGUUGAAGCCCCGCAAGGGCAAGGGCAAGGGCAAGAAACAGGCCGAGACUGCAGAGCCGAGCUACGAUGCAUUGGGCCCCGACGCACUUCGUCUGUGGGCUGCCAGCAGCGACUAUACCCGCGACGUGGUGAUCGGAAAGCAAGUGCUUCAGACGGUCCAUACUAGUCUGCACAAAUUCAGGGUCACCUUCAAGCUCCUGCUGGGCGCCCUCGGUGACUUCCGGCCUGAAUCGGUGGUGCCGUACGAGCAACUACAGAUUGUCGAUCGCAUCGCACUGAAACAUCUUUCGGAUAUGAUUGUGACGACGCAAAAGGCGUGCGAUCACUUCGAAUUCUACAAGGCGGUGGCCACCAUGAACCGGUGGGCCAAUCUCGAGUUCUCGGCCUUUUACAUGGAGGCCAUCAAGGACCGCCUGUACACUCUGGGCGAGGAUAGCACGAGCCGACGUGCGGCGCAAACCACCUUGUACCAUAUCUACCAUUACCUCCAGGAGGCCCUCGGCCCUAUCACGCCGCUCUUGGUUGAGGAGACCUGGGAGCACACCCCCGCCGCGAUCCGGUCUCACAGCGAGCACCCCCUGCGGCGCCUCACUGCCCGCCCUGCUGAUGAAUGGCACGACCCUACCCUGGACGCGCAGUACCAGGAGAUUGUCGCUGUUCACUCGGUGAUCAAGAACCUCCAGGAACAGGCUCGCAGUAAAAAGCAACUCGGGUCUUCACUGCAAUCGUUCGUGCACCUGGUGCUCCCUGACAGCUCGCACACUGUCUUCGCGCCCUACUUGGCUCAGUUGCCCGAUCUUUUUGUCGUCUCCUCAGUGACCCUGGCUGAACCUGACGAGGCUCUUCCCGCCGCGAUCUCCCCGGCGGAAUGGCAUUACGAAGAUGCCUGUGAGCUGCCCGAUGGACGGACGGGACGCGUGCACGUGUAUGCGCCUCAGGCUGCCAAGUGCCCGCGGUGCUGGCGGUACGCCAUCCCGGAAGCUGCGGUGGAGGAGGAGGACCAGUCCAUCUGCGAUCGGUGUGCGACGGUGGUCAGCGAACUGGAGGCUGUGGCGGAGACGGACACGCCUUCCGCCGUGUAG